UUAUAUAAAUAGAUUCGAUACUAAAAAAUUAAAUAUAAUAGGUAUUUGUUUUUAACAGUAUUUAGAGAAAAUAUAAUUUUUUUAUAACUGUAGGUUUGGGGAAAAAGUUUACAUAAAAUAUUCGUAUUUACAUUUAAAUCGGCUAAUUAUUAAAAAUUUGAACUUGACAUGUAGAAUAUUUGAAUUAUAUUUUAAAUGACAGUAACCCUCUUUUUAAUGAGCUGUCAGCCUUAAAAAUGUAGUUAAAAUUAUAUUUUUUUAAUGUAGUAAUGACGACAAAUGAGCUGCCAGCCCUAAAAAUUUAUUGGGAUGGUACAAUAUUAUCGACUCCGGGUGGAGUUGAUUAUGUUUCUGGUAAAUCAGAACUGGUUCAACUGACGAGUGUAGUGAAUUUUGCACAACUACAAGUCGUAAUUAGAAGGGUAAUUGGGCUGAAGGAUGGUGACGAGAUAGUGAAGAUUUAUCUACGAGUGCCUCGGUUCGAUGAACAUGGAAGAUUUCAAAAAUAUGAUGGUUUUCCUAUGGAGACAGAUGUUCAUAUGCAAGCAAUGUGGCGUAAUGUUUCGCGGACGCCACAAAUGAGGGUACUUGAGUUUUAUAUUGUGUACAAUCCGUUAUCUCAAGUACGUGCGGAUGGAGACGACUGUGCGGAUGUAGACGACUCUGUGGAUGUAGACGAUUGUGCGGAUGUAGACGACUGUGCGGAUGUAGACGAUGGUGAUGAUUUUAGUGAUGAGGAUGAGGAAGAAGAACACUUCUACGGGGCCGUUGCUGAUGACAACGAGAAUGAUGAUGAUGAUGACAUCGGUGGUGAUAAUGGAGAUGGCACCCAUGGUGAGAAUGUCGGUGGUCGGACGGAACAAAAUACAGAUCAUUUUGAGUCGCGCCUUCCUCAUGAGUACACGCAUCAGAAUGUUGACGACAUGUGUGUCAAUAUGAAUCUGUGGCCUAAAGAAAAUGCAAUAUGGGAAGCAGGCAAAGAGUUUGAAUUGGGGAUGGUUUUUAGUUCGAGGUAUGCUGUCCAGACAUGCGCGGCCAGUUAUCACAUUGCAGCUAAUAAAGAAUACAAGAGCAGUGUAACAUCUGGUAAAACAAUAGUUCUUGUGUGUGUGAACAAUGACACUUGCAAUUGGAGGUUGCGUGCGUCGCUUUUAAAAGGCGAGUCAGACUGGAUAAUAACAAGAUAUAACGGCCCCCACCAAUGCAGCGGCCAAUCAAUGAACCAAGACCAUCGCAAUUUAAGAGCGCGACAGAUAGCUGAACACAUCGACACGCAAUUGCAUCUGCAACGUGACAUUAGGAUUAAAACGCUUCAAGAGGGGAUUUUUCAAAAACUGCGAGUUAGGCCCGGCUACAAAAAAACUUGGUAUGCCAAGGAAAAGGCCAUUGCAAACAGGUUCGGACAAUGGGACGACUCUUUCAAGGAGAUUUGCAAUUUUAUGACGAAUGUCAGCGUUGCUAAUCCCAGGACAGUCUGGCAUGCUACCGGUACACCAAUUGAAAACAAUCCACAAUUCAGAACUUUCAAGCAUAUGUUUUGGACGUACGAGCCAGUGGUGAAGGGUUUUCAGUCUGUGCACACAGAAUUGAGACUUGGGAAAAUAAGUCAAAGACUCAUACGGCUUCACAGUUCAACGUGGCACAGAAGGUAUUCAAUGUCUUGACCCAGUGCGACAAUGUAAGACAAAAGGGUGGCAAUACACAGCAAGUUCGUCUACUGGACGGGACAUGCACCUGUGGAAAAUUUCAACAGUGGAAAAUUCCGUGCUCCCAUGCGAUAGCUGCCUGCAACCAAUACGGAGAGAACUACCGUGACUACAUUUCAUGGUAUUACAAAUGCGAGUACGGAAUCUUAGCGUGGAGCUCUGUUUCAUUUGAACCCUUAUGGAAUCGAAAUCGUUGGAUCAAUUCCACUGAAAUUCCAUUUGUUCCUAACAGACAGUGGAUGAGGAAGAAGGGUAGGCCGGUUGAGAGUAGGCGUAGGAAUGAAAUGGACCAGACAUUUAGGGACAGGCGGAAUAGCAACUACUGUAGAAGAUGUCUUACAUAUGGUCAUAACCUUAGUUCAUGUCCUUUUAGAGUUCAGUGAUGUGAGAAUUUAUGUUUCCAUUUACCAUGUACUACGGAUGUUAUUUUUAUUAAUGAAGUUAUUUUUAUUUAA